UUUUUUUUCUUCUUCCCCAGCGCACUUUCCUUCAUCACUGCACACGCUUUUACUCCGUCUAUCACAACCGCAACCUCCGACAAACGUGACGUCCUUUGCGUCUCCAGCAGAAACGUGGAGAGAGAAGAGAAGAGAAGGGGAAGGCGAAGAGGACGCGCCCGCCGUCUGAGCGCGCUGGGACGGGGACGGCUCACAGCGGACUCUCACCUCCACCACGCCGCGCUGCAGUGCCUCCACAGCCGCCUCCAGAGCGCAGCAGUCCCGUCACAACAGCACCGUUCACCGCGGAGAGGAGCGGGCAACAGGAGGGUUAUCCAGAGCACCGGGGGACUGCAACAUUUACCCGGGAUACUGAGCACCUACUGCGGGCUUGCAAGAGGCUUCUCCCUGGGCAUGCCAGCUGUAUAUUUGCACUGCAAUAACGUGUCUUUGUUUCUGGAAUAUAAAGCAGUAAACUAGCUGACAGUUCACAAUAGGUUUGGACUGACAUGGGCCAGUAGGAUUCAUGGAGUUUGGAGAACACAGAGCCACUGGAUGAAGCUGCUGAUCCAAGCCUGAUGUUUUCAAAUUAACCACAACUCAUCUCUUUGGCCAUGGUGCUCUUCAGUGGACAGCUGAAGAUAAAGAUCUGCGAGGCUGUGAAGCUCAAACCCACAGCCUGGUCGCUCCGUCACACUGUGGGCCCCAAACAGCAGAGCCCUCUCCUGGACACAUACAUGGCCCUCAACGUGGAUGAGUCCCGCGUGGGCCAGACCAGCACCAGGCAGAAGACCAACAGCCCGGUCUGGAACGAGGAGUUCACGGCAGAGGUGCAGGGGGGGCGGAGCCUGGAGCUGGCAGUCUUUCAUGAUGCGCCCAUCGGAUACGACGACUUUGUGGCCAACUGCAUCAUCCAGUUUGAGGACAUCCUCCACAGCGGGAGCAGGCACUUUGAGGGCUGGAUGGAGCUGGAGCCGGAGGGCAGAGUGUACGUGGUGAUCGACCUGAUAGGCUCCUCCACUGAAGAGGCCCCGGUGCCAUGCGGGGACCAUGAGGAGCGGGUGUUCCGGCAGAGGAUGGGUCCCCGGAAACGCCAGGGUGCUGUCCGCAGGAGGGUGCACCAGGUCAACGGGCACAAGUUUAUGGCCACAUACCUGAGACAGCCCACCUACUGCUCCCACUGCAGAGACUUCAUCUGGGGCGUUCUGGGAAAGCAGGGCUACCAGUGUCAAGUGUGCACCUGUGUGGUCCACAAACGCUGCCACGAGCUCAUCAUAACAAAGUGUGCUGGUGUGAAGAACAAGGACGACAGGCAGCCCGAGGCCGUGGGGAGUCAGAGGUUCAGUGUGAACCUCCCUCACAAGUUCAGCAUCCACAGCUUCAAGGUGCUGACCUUCUGUGACCACUGUGGCUCUCUGCUGUGGGGGCUGCUGCGCCAGGGCCUACAGUGCAAAGUGUGUAAGGUGAACAUCCAUCGGCGCUGUGAGCAGAAUAUGGCCCCCACCUGUGGAGUGGACGCCCGAGGGAUCGCCAAAGUCCUGUCUGACCUGGGAGUUACCCCCGACAAGAUCUCCAGCACCACACACAGACGCAAGAAGCUUCCUCGUGGCCAGGAGCCCCCACCCCUGACAGAGUUACCUCAGAACUCAGAAGAUGAGUCCCAGUCUGCUCCUACCUCUCCAUGUGACCAAGAUGUGAAGGAGCUAGAGAGCAUGAGGAAGGCCAUGUCUUUGGACCACCACACACACACCCUGUCCCUGCCCUGUCCUGUUGUGACGGUAACAGAGGACACGGGACAGGACGGAGCAGAGGAGGGACAGAACAAGCAGAAUGGACAGGUCCAGAGUCAGACCCAGAGAAAGACCCAGAGCAGACGCAUGGACCUGCAGGACUUUGUCUUCAUCAAAGUGCUGGGCAAAGGGAGCUUCGGGAAGGUGAUGCUGGCCGAGCGCAGAGGUACGGACGAGGUGUACGCUGUCAAAGUCCUGAAGAAGGACGUGAUCCUCCAGGACGACGAUGUGGACUGCACCAUGACUGAAAAACGCAUCCUGGCCCUGGCCCGAAGACACCCCUACCUCACCCAGCUCUACUGCUGCUUCCAGACCCCAGAGCGGUUGUUCUUCGUGAUGGAGUAUGUGAAUGGAGGAGACCUGAUGUUCCAGAUCCAAAGGUCCAGGAAGUUUGAUGAGGCCCGCUCCAGGUUCUACGCUGCAGAGGUGACGUCUGCGCUUAUGUUCCUGCAUCUCCAUGGAGUCAUAUACAGAGACCUGAAGCUGGACAACAUCCUGCUGGACGCUGAGGGCCACUGUAAACUGGCAGACUUUGGCAUGUGCAAAGAGGGCAUCCUGAAUGGGGUCACCACCACCACCUUCUGUGGGACCCCAGACUACAUCGCCCCAGAGAUCCUACAGGAGCUGGAGUACGGGCCCUCUGUGGACUGGUGGGCUCUGGGUGUGCUCAUGUAUGAGAUGAUGUGUGGACAGCCGCCUUUUGAGGCAGAGAAUGAGGACGACCUGUUUGAGUCGAUCCUCCAUGACGACGUGCUGUACCCCGUGUGGCUCAGCAAAGAGGCCGUGGCUAUACUCCGAGCGUUCAUGACAAAGAGCCCUCACAAGCGGCUGGGCUGUGUGGCGAGCCAGGGCAAAGAGGAGGCCAUCAAAGAGCAGCCGUUCUUCGCAGAGAUGGACUGGACCCUGCUGGAGCAAAGGAAGAUCACACCACCCUUCAAACCUCGGAUUAAAACCAAACGGGACGUGAACAACUUUGACCAGGACUUUACCCGUGAGGAGCCAGUUCUGACCCCAGUGGAGGACAACAUCAUCAAGCAGAUCAACCAGGAUGAGUUCAGAGGGUUCUCUUACUGUGGGGAUGAGACAACAGCCUGAAGAGAACCCAAAGAACCUAAGGAACCUGAGGAACAUCCCACACGCACAUACUCAUAGGACAGAGGAGGAGCACUGGUAAAUGAAUGAGAUCUUUUCCUGGGACCUCUGGAGCAUUUCUCAUCCUCAACUGCCCAAGAAUGAUUGAACAAGUUCUCUUAUAUGAGGGGGUACUAUGCAAAAUCGACUUUUUGGAGCUUUUGUACCAUGUUAUAACGUUGUUCCCUGAGCAAAAACAUGACUCAAGAGGUUUUAGAUGUCGUCCAUGCAUGUUUGAGUAAUCUAGCGAUCUUUCCUUGGGUUUUAUUCGAACCCUCCUCACUGUUAGCGGCAAGAUUCUGUCCAAAGCUUAAUCCAUGUUACCACACAACGAUCCAUAAAUAUACAAAAGCAGAAUGCAAAAGAAUACACUAUGACUUGACAAAUCUGAUGUGAUGUGCAGUAGUUUCAUUAGUGGGACACAUGCUGAUUGUUGUGUGUGUUAUAGAUAAUACCAGCCAUGUGUGCCAAGAUGUUUAAGAUUACAUAAACCAUUGCCACCCUACACCACAGGCCUACAUAUAUUUUUCCCAUAAUAAUAUUUUUAUGUAAGCAUGUUAAUGAUCUCUGUUGUAGUCAUUGUGUUGGAGCACACUCGGGAGUACAGGGAGGCUCUGCAGGGAUUUCACUCUGUUAUCAAGCUGCAGUGUAAGGUGAUACAGAGCAUUCAGGAGGAAAACAACACGGUGCCUGGUUUAAGCUAAGCCCAAAUAGGUCAGUUAAAGGUUUAUAAGUCAGAUAUGUCCACUACUGCCCACGAAUGUCGUGACUAAAUACACGACCAUUUUAUUUUUUUUGCUUUUUUCUUUAUUUUCAUCAUUAUUCACAUUGUAGAUUCUCACUCAGAGUAGUAGUAAACACAAAACGUCUGAAACUGAAAACAUGUUUUAGAUUUUAUAAAAUAUCCACCCACUGCUUUGGUCACUGCUUUGGACUCUUGGUGUUUCUUGACCCUGAGGCUCAGCUGUGAAGUGAAAAACAUUUCAGGAGACUUCAUCAUGAAGCUCAUUGAGAGAAGCAUAAGGGUUUGAGCUGUCCACAAAAUAAAGUGUAUCUACUUUGAGGAUUUGAAUAUAACAUAUAUAUUUUCUCAUUCUCAGUUUAUGGACAGGCCUCAUGUGAAAGAACCUCCAGUUCACUCACUGAGCUGCAGAGGCUGGAGUUUAGUGAGCAUUCAGAUCAGAGAGAGUCCUUUUAGGUUUAAAUCAACUGGGUUACAGCAUUGGAACUGGCAACCCAAAUGAGAGAGUCAUGUGAGGCUCAUUCUGCUUUCUGAUUGGACAAUCAUCUUGAAACAAAACACCAAAUAAACAGUUUUUGUAACUAAGAAUAAAUCAACAUUAUACUUGUUAUGAAUAAAAUCUAUAUCAAUGGGGUUGAUUAUGAAAUUUAAAAUCAAAAUGUUACAUACCGUUCCUUUAACAGAGUGUUUUUGAAAAAGAGUUUAAAAGCAGAUUAACUGAAUCACAAGAAUAACAGAAUAACCAGAAUAACCAGUAUAACAAUAUUUUCAUAAUAGACAAUAGCUGAAGUUGAGUGUUGUGUCACCAGCUCAUCCACUGAGAAAAUAAAAGUCACUCAGAGAGAAAGUUUGUGAACCUGAACCCAUCACAGUGAGGUGCACUACAGAAGACGUGAGCUUUAUUUCCCUAUUACCCGAUUACAUCCUCAUUUUGACCUCACCGCAGGUUUGGGUAGAUAGUCCAUCCCUGUUCAGUAAUUCGGAUUUCUACACACAUGUUCUGAAAUGUUCUUAAUAUUUCAUUCUUUUCUCAUAUUCGGUCUGAUUAGGACAAAGAGUCAUAAAUCAUAAAUGAGAUGUUAUGUUCAUAGUGAGUCUGGACUUCAGAAGUAUUUUCACAGAAGUUGUAGUUCUGUACAUUCUGCUCCUUGGAUGUUGUUUGCACUGACCAUUAAACCAUGUCUGUUUUGCUUGUGCCAGCUCUAUAGUUAUAAUAUCUGACAUUCGUGGAUCAUUAUGUUAUAAUUUGCACAUUUUAAAUUAAUCUAAAAACGACUUAAUAAAAGAAACAAGAAACUGCGGUGCCCAAUGGGAACUGAUGUUGCCUUAAACGUCAUCACAACAAAGCGCUGCAUGCUGUCGGCGCCCCCUAUGGAUAGCUGCACGUCACACUUUUUUGUGCGAAAAUCACUAUGCGACGCUGCCGAGUCCUAUCUCCAAUUAAGAAAAUAAAACUGGAGAAAAAGUGCGUAUGUCACAGUGGCCGUGUAUCAGUGGAGGUCAAAACGGGGGUAGAUCAGCAAAAUAAGAGAUUAAAGAUUAAUCAAACAUGAAUCACUCCAAAUACAACUUCAGAGGCUCAAUGAGAAGAAACAACUAGAACAUGGUUAAAAGCUCUGAAAAGUCCAUUUUGCACCGGUACACAAUUCAGCCUUGCAGCCAGAAGGUCCUGGGUUCAAGUCCUGGGCGACACAAGGUCUUUCUCUGGAGUCUGCAUGUUCUCCCUGUGUCAUAGGUUUUCCUUACUAUAAACCCAGAAUUCCAAGGCUUCAUGCAACUUUCCUGCUUAAACAAAGAACCUGACAGUGAUUUCAGUUGUGCUGUGAAUAUGCCGUCUGAAGACAAGGCCCGUGUGUCCUCCUAAACAUGUCAAGACAUUUAAACAUGUCUGCAUAGCGGCUCUGUAUACGCAAAACCCUGUUAUGUUUGGCCCUCAGCCAGAUGCUACGGUAAUGCUAACCACUCCAUCACCAGACACUUUACACUUCAUUUAGUGGGACAAUUUUCAAUCAUUCAAAGCAAUGGAGUCCUGGUAUUGUAGGUAGAGUAGAGACCUGCAUACCUGCUCUUCUCCAGAGGUCCUCCAUGUUUCCAACGUGUUCCGGUUUGUAAGCAUUAAGGCGAGACGCGGCAGGUCAACGCCAAAAUGUCUUACACGUAGGGACGUCAGUUUGAAAUUUCUUCUGUAGUUUUUUUAAAUGCAGUGGUGGAAGAAGUACUCCAUUCUGUUACUUAAGUAAAAGUAUAGAUACUGGAGCAAAAAAUAAAUAAAAGUGAAAAAAACAUGAAAAAAUCUAUUUAAGUAAAAGUAAUAAAGUACCUGUUUAAAAAUGUACUUAAAGAGUAAAAAGUAAGUAUUUGAAGCAGAUUUUGAGAUCUUAUAAGGCUUCAAUUGUGGUAAUUUUGUUCAACAGAAACACCUGAAUCAAUCGGGGUUUUUUUUAUAUUUUUGUUUGCUCAAAUUAUGAACGUGUUAAAAUAAACCCUCAGCCUUUUUAGCGGGUCUCAAACUAUUAAAAAAUACUUUUACUUUUCAGUCCGGUUAAAAAAAUAUAGUGGAGUAGAAAGUACAGAUAUCUGCUCUCAAACGUAGUGAACGUAAAGUAAAAAGUAUCCACUGUAAAAUGUACUCAAGUAAAGUACAGAUACCUAAAAUGUUUAACAUAAGUACAGUACUUUACUCCUUUUACUUCGUUGCCUUCCACCACUGUUUGAAUGUAAGUAAAAGUGUAUGAUGACUUUUUCAUGGUGUAAUGUUUUCAUAUAAAUAUGUAAAAAUGGCCAUAAUGUAGCAGUAUGGGACAUUUCAGUCAGAGCCAGGUUUAAAUUUUUUAAUUUUGUUAGCGUCCUAUUCAGUGUUUGAGUAAACUAGAGCGUAAAAGACUAAAGUUUGGUGUGUAUAGGUGUGCUUUAAGGGCUGAUCCUUUAUUAAAGUGAAAACGUUUGGCUGCUCAUCCAAGCCACGGCUUGGAUGAGCAGCCAAACGUCUUCGCUCCUACAACUUUUUGUCCAGUUACAAAAUAAAAUUUUUCUUUUACUAUGGAUCAAACCUGGACGACAGAGGGAUUACACAGACUGAUCUUUACAUCCCUUUAAAUAUCCCUACUCAUUGAUAAAACAUCUUUAGCAGCAGACGGUUUCGCAGUUUCCAUAUGAAAGCUUGACCAAACUGACCAAAAAACAAAACAAAAAAAAACUGAAAAGAAAGAAUUUUGCCAGUCUCUCCUUAAUGCCACUGAACGUUUGACAUGUUUUUAUUUUUAUUUCAUCCAAUAAACAGUAUUAAAGGUGUGUGUUUGUAC